AUGGAUCCUGGGGUCUCUCAACAAGCGUACACGUCAAUGAUGAAGUUCACCAUUGAUGGGCGCCCAUACUUAAAGGAUAUCCACGACUUAUUUGCAGCGCUGAUCGUCCAAAUUCCCCUUGACACCCAUCGAUAUCUGUUCCGCAACUAUCCCAACACUUUCACAUCAGAAGACGCUAUUCUAGCAUUAGGCUCCCUGCGCUUCUCACACACCGCCCGGAUGCCAGAUCCAAACGACCCAUCGAAGCUGCUGCGAACGACGACUACGACGACAUUCAACAUGGAAAAGGAUAUGGCAAAAGCAUUAUGCCAACAGUUUCAGCAGUGUCGACUAACUGAAAACGCCACCGACCCUCACAGCCGCUCCUUUCGUGACAAAGGCAUAUGGCAGCUGACGCCCAAGGGUGUCUGUGUACUACAAGACUUUUGUGUUCGCACUGAAGCCGACAUGGCCCAGCUGCGGAGACACUUUGGCCACAUUGACCCUAUCCAGCUUGUCCGAUUGGAACGUCAUGCCGACGACGACCAGAUCAUCUUUGGUCGGCAAAACUUGUCUGUCGUUUUUCGUAUCAUGAUGACGUGCUUACCUCAGGAGGGCGAACUCGAGAAAGUCAACAAUCAAAGCACCAAAGCAACCUCAUCAUCAUCGAGUACCAGAGGAGGCAGCGGCAAGUCUACUAUCUCUGGCGCAUCAUCACAGUCUUCUGGAUCAACAAACACGUCCAACCCAGCACCGUUUGCAAUGACAUCCAACAUCUCGAGUGGUGACUCACGGGUACAACUACUUGCAAACAAUCUCUUGACCCAUUCCAAAAGGGGUAGUAAGGGGGGUCCUACCACGCGGUCUGCCAAAAACAUGCGCACAGUGUUCUCGACCCAGCUGGCCUGCGACUGGCUGACAGAAUACAGUACCGUCUCGUCGCGGGAAGAGGCUGAAACCAUCGUCAACGAGUUUCUUAAGUAUGGCUGGAUCGAGUUUCAGGAUCCAAAGCAGUCGGCACCCGCACGCGCUUCCAAAACAAUUAUGUUGAUCGUUACUGGAAAAGGCAAAGAGGUGGUGGCUGAAUUUGAGCACAAGGCUGGCGCUGCCGCCGCUACACAACAACAGUCCGUAGCAAGGUCAUCUUCAACAUCAAGCCUUGCACGCACACGAUCCCUGCGCAGCCAAUCCACUAUACCAUCCAGCGUAGACGAGGAGGAUCAACAAACAACAUUGCGUGAAAUAUUAUCACAAGAUCCAGAAGCAAUCCAUGAUCCGCCAUCCGCGACUCCAGCAAGACCCACUCGAAGCCGUCAAAGCACCUCUUCGAGCUCACGCCCAUCAAGCACCGCCAUCGAUUAUCCAGAGGAUCCCAAAGAGAGCAACGCUGCGCGUCUCAAAGUCAUCCUUGACGAUCCUCAGCUGCGGUCACUAUUCAAAGACUUUCUCAGGGCCAAUUUCUGUGAAGAAAAUCUGGACUUUUGGAUCGACUACUCUACCCUGCGAAGGAAGUGUCGCAACCAAAGCCCGGCCAUGCCCUCCCAGAACCAAAAGGAUUUGCUAGAAGACGCUCACGAUAUUUGGUCCACUUACUUGGCCCCAGGUGCACGGUGUGAACUGAACGUUGAACACUCGUUACGUCAGGAAAUGGCUCGCGUGGUGAACUCCAUGGUGCAAGUCGUGCCCACUUUUACUCCAGGCCAGGCCAAACCCACUGUUGUUAUCUCUACUCAUUCCACAUCUUCAGCGCUCCGCAUGAUGCUCAAGUGGUUUGAUCGCGUUAACGAACACAUUUGCCGUCUAAUGGCGUCGGAUUCAGUACCCAAGUUUGUUAAAACACCAAGAUAUCGCAAGAUUAACGAUUCGCGAGAGCGAGAGCAGCAAAAGCAGGUUCGGAAACAGCAGGACUCCGUGGUUGACAGCGAACUGUUUUCCAGCCCAUCGUUUGUAGAAAACAAGGCAUAG